CGAUAAACUAAAGCUUCAGUGGUUGACUAGACUUCAUUUUUGUACGUCUAGAAGGUGCAGAAAGUAUUCGACGUUCAAAAUUUCGCUAUCUGAAGUCGCUGGAAAUUUUGGUAAUAUGUUUCGCUUGUUCGUGACUGUCGCGGCGCUCUUCGUGCUGAUCGACGCAGAACUCCAGAGAAUUCCACUGCACAAGACGGAAUCUAUUCGAAAAACUUUAACGAAAGCUGGCAUCAAUUUGAAAGAAAUUGGUUUGGACACAGUUAACCAUACUUCUACGGAAACAUUAACCAAUUAUUUGGAUGCUCAGUAUUAUGGUUUAAUUACCAUCGGGAAUCCGCCGCAGUCAUUUAGAAUACUGUUUGAUACUGGUUCUUCAAAUCUUUGGGUACCAUCGCAAUGCAGUAUUUUCAAUAUUGCUUGCCAAACGCAUAACAAGUAUAAUAGUAAAAAAUCCAGCACCUAUAUACCAAAUGGUAAGUCGUUUGCUAUUCAGUAUGGCACUGGCAGUCUAAUUGGAUUCUUAUCUACUGAUGAUGUUAACGUUGCCGGUCUCAAUGUUAAAAAGCAAACAUUUGCGGAAGCGAUUAGCCAACCAGGCUUAACGUUCGUUUAUGCAAAGUUUGACGGUAUCUUGGGCAUGGGUUACGGUUCGAUAUCCGUCGAUGGAGUGACAACUGUCUUCGAUAACAUGGUGCAACAAGGUCUAGUGCCACAACCUGUUUUCAGUUUCUAUCUUAAUCGAGACCCUUCAGCCGCGGUAGGUGGUGAAGUAAUAUUCGGUGGUGCCGAUUCCAAUCAUUACAAUGGUAAACUCCUUUACGUUCCUGUUUCCCGAAAAGGAUACUGGCAAUUUGCUAUGGAUAAAGUAACAAUCGGAAAUCAGACCGUGGCGUGUGAUGGUGGUUGCCAAGCUAUUGCUGACACAGGUACCUCGCUCAUAGUUGGACCAUCAGACGAUAUCGACGCUAUUAACGAACUAAUUGGAACUAAUUCUGAUGGAACCGUGGAUUGCGGUUCAAUUGAUGAGUUGCCUGUAAUUAAUAUUGUUUUGAAUGGUCACUCAUUUCCUCUUAAACCUAGGGAUUACAUUAUUCAAGAAUCUAGUGAUACUUGUAUAAGCGGUUUGUCGGGAGGUAGUGAUCUUUGGAUUCUGGGCGAUGUAUUUAUUGGUCCUUACUACACCGUAUUUGACGCAGGAAAUAAUCAAGUAGGAUUUGCUCCGUCGAAAUAAAUUGACUGCCUUGUUUUGGAGUCAUAUGGUUAGAUUUAAAUGACAACCUUGCCAGUAAUUAAGUAAAAUGAUUGUAUACCAUUUUGCUUAUUGUUUCCUAAUUUUCAAUUACAAUUAUCCAACAAGCGGUGUAUGUAUUAUAAAUAGAUAUGUGCGAUGGAUAUAUUCAAAAA